UCCUUUCGCCCCGAUCCGGUAGUCAACAGACCACGCUGCGAGCCACGGAGACACCACAGAAGUAGACCAGCUUCCGGGAUUCAUCCAGACCGCUGCGACUCUUCAGACGCUCACGGGCACGAGUGACUACUAUUAGUUUUAUUUAAAAUGGGUGUAAAGAAGAAGAAAGAAAUGCAAGUAACGGCAUUGACCAUUUGUCAUCAGGACCUUCAAACUUUGAGAGCUUUGGCUGAUGUAGAAGGGAAAAAUCUAGCUUCUUUGCUACUACAUUGUGUACAACUCACUGAUGGAGUGUCACAAAUCCGUUAUGUUAAACAGAUUGUGCCUUUACUGGAGAAGGCAGAUAAAAAUGGCACGUGUGAUUCCACUAUUCGAAGUUGUUUGGAUAUUUUAGCAGGCAUUUAUCUUUGUUUGAGUCUAAAGAACCCCUUGAAGAAAGUCUUGGCAAGUUCCCUUAAUGGCCUACCUGAAUUUUUUCUAAGUGAGGCUGUACAAAGUUUUACUUCUCGUCUUCAGGAAGAAUUGAAUACUGCUGAUCUAUAUUCUUAUAGGAAAGUAAUUGACAAUAUAUCUUCUUGUAUGGAGAACUUUAACUUGGGUAGAACAAGUGUUAGUAAUCUUCUAAAAAAUGUGCUUCAUUUUCUGCAGAAGAGUUUAAUUGAAAUCUCAGAAGAAAAUAGAAAAUUUGCUGGAAAUCGUAUUGUUCAAACACAGUUGAUGAACGACUUGUUGGUAUGCACUAGGGUUUCAGUGAUGGUAGUACAGAAAGUACAGGGUUUCCAGAGAAUUCAUUUGAAUAUUUCCAGUUCUCCCAUGUGGCAGAAUAUGUGUGGAUUGCUGGGUAUUUUUACCAAGUUUUUAAGUGAUGAUGACCUCUUACAAACAAUUCAGAGUACAUCUGGAUUAGCUGUUGUUCUUUUUAUCAAGACUAUGUUUCAUCCUCCUGAAAAGAUUCCUGAUUUGAUCAGUAGUAUGCUUCUCCAUUCGGUGGACUGCACCAGCGUCCCUGAGUGGUUUUUGAACUGCUGCAGAAGGCUUUGUGGUGCUGAUGUCCCGCAGCCAGCUCUCUUAUUCCUGUGUCAGGGGACACUCACCAUGUUGGACUGGCAGAACGCGAGAAUGGGUCCAAGAGGGGAGGCCCUGCUCUUGGAUACUGUGCAUGUUCUGUUCACCCUGAGUUCACAGAUCAAGGAAUCAACUCUGGAAAUGUUUCUGUCGAGAAUUUUGGCAUCAUGGACUAAUUCAGCCAUACAUGUCCUUGAAUCAAGUUCCCCAAGCCUAAAGGACAGUCUGAAUGGAAAUUCAAGCAUAGUUAAGAGACUUUUAGAAUAUGUCUAUACCCAUUGGGAGCAUCCUUUGGAUGCUUUGAGACACCAAACCAAAAUCAUAUUCAGAAAUAUUCUCCAAAUGCACCAACUCACUAUUGAAAAUUCAGAUUUAGCCACCGAUCAUUUCAUAGUUGAACUGACUGAGAGUCUUCUGCGAUUGGAAUGGCAUAUUAAAGGAAAGUACACAUGCCUUGGUUGUUUGGUAGAUUAUGUAGGAGUUGAACAUAUUUUGGCACUAGCUAAAACUAUUCCAUCGCAAAUCUUAGAGGUGAUGGGGGACCAGUCAUUGGUACCUUAUGCAAGUGACCUCUUGGAAACCAUGUUUAAAAAUCAUAAGAGUCAUUUGAAAUCCCAGACUGUUGAUAGUGCUUGGAUUGAUGAGUGGCAUGAUACUUGGGUUUCUCCUCUCCUUCUUAUACUGUGUGAAGGAAAUCUGGAUCAAAAAUCGUAUGUGAUUGAUUAUUACUUGCCAAAGUUACUGAAUUGCAACCCGGAAAGUUUAAGCUACAUGGUAAAGAUUCUUCAGACUUCUGCUGAUGCUAAAACUGGGUCUUACAACAGUAGAGGGGCUCUGGGAGCUUUGAUGGCAUGUCUACGGACAGCUAGAGCUCAUGGACAUCUUCAGUCUGCAGCUGAUGCCUGGGGGAACCUUGUGACCAGUGCAAGAAUAAAGCAAGGCUUAAUUCAUCAGCACUGCCAGGUACGUCUAGAUACAUUAGGUUUGCUUUGUGAAAGUAAUAGAAGCACAGAAAUCAUUUCCCCAGAAGAAAUGCAGUGGAUUCAAUUCUUUAUCACAUACAAUCUUAACAAUCCAUCUCCAGGAGUGCGGCAGCAGAUUUGUUCUCUUCUUAAAAAGUUGUUUUGUAGGAUACAGGAAAGUUCUCAGGUACUUUAUAAGCUGGAGCAAAGUAAAGCCAAAUGUGAACCAGAGAAUGAGUUUACCAAACAGCACCCUUCUGUUUCUUUACAGCAAUAUAAGAAUUUCAUGUCAUCCAUUUGCAACGGUCUUUUUGAAGCAUUGUUUCCUGGUUCUUCCUACCCAACUAGAUUUUCGGCUUUAACCAUUUUAGGCUCAAUGGCUGAGGUUUUUCCUGUCCCAGAAGGUGGAGUCCAAACAGUGUAUCAGCUGAGUCAUGAUAUUGACAUUGGUCGUUUGGAAACAUUGAUAGAAUGUUUUACCAGCACUUUUGAAGAAGUGAAAAUCUUAGCAUUUGAUCUUCUAAUGAAGCUACCAAAGACCAUUGUACAAUUUCUGGAUUCAGAGAAAUUGCAAGGCUUAUUCCAGGCAGCACUGGAGCUCAGCAAAAGCACCAAGCCAUAUGACUGUGUAACAGCCUCCUACCUGCUGAACUUCUUAAUCUGGCAGAAUGCUCUGCCGUCAUCUCUAUCUGCCUACUUAAAAACUCAGCAAGUUGCAUGUGAAGAUGGAGAUAAGUCUGCCGCUGUGGUGGAAAGGAACACAUUAAUGGUUAUUGAAUGCUUGUUAGAAAAUCUGGAAGAAGAAAUAUCUCAGGCUGAAAAUUCUCUGCUUCAGGCAGCAGCAUCAUUUCCAAUGUAUGGGCGAGUCCACUGUAUAACAGGAGCUUUGCAGAAGUUAUCUCUAAACAGCCUGCAGUUGGCAAAUGAAUGGCGACCUGUGGUGGAGAAGCUCCUUCUGACGUCCUACAGGCUUUCUGCUGUGGUGUCUCCAGUCAUUCAGAGCUCCUCCCCAGAAGGCCUCAUCCCAAUGGACACUGACUCAGAGUCAGCAAGCCGCUUACAGACAAUUUUGAAUGAGAUUCAACCACGAGAUACUAAUGAUUACUUCAAUCAAGCCAAAAUACUGAAAGAACGUGAUAGUUUUGAUUUGAAAGACUUGAAUGCCAGUGUACGGAGUAUUGAUGCUUCUGCAGAAAGCAAAGGUAGUAAAGAAGGAAAAACAUGUGAUGUGACUGCUCAGAUGGUACUGGUGUGUUGUUGGAGAAGUAUGAAGGAAGUUGCCUUACUUUUAGGCACACUGUGCCAGCUUCUACCCAUGCAGUCUGCGCCAGAAUCUCCUGAUGGAUCUCUGACAGUGGAGCAGGUAAAAGAAAUAGGAGAUUACUUUAAACACCACCUCUUACAGUCCAGGCACAGAGGAGCAUUUGAACUGGCUUAUACUGGCUUUGUAAAACUCACUGAAGUUCUAAACAGAUGUCCUGAUGUUGGUCUUCAAAAGCUACCAGAACAGUGGUUGCAGAAUGUUUUAGAGGAAGUUAAAUGCAGUGAUCCUUCAUCUAAACUCUGUGCUACGCGGCGCAGUGCUGGAAUUCCUUUCUACAUACAGGCACUGUUGGCAUCUGAACCUAAGAAAGGCAAAAUGGAUUUGUUGAAAAUAACAAUGAAAGAACUAAUCUCUUUGGCUGGACCUACAGAUGACUCCCAAAGCACAGUUCCCCAGGUUCAUGCUUUAAAUAUCCUUAGAGCCUUGUUCAGAGAUACACGUCUGGGAGAAAAUAUUAUUCCUUAUGUUUCUGAUGGAGCUAAGGCUGCAAUUCUGGGCUUUACAUCACCUGUCUGGGCAGUGAGAAAUUCAUCCACACUUCUCUUCAGUACCUUGAUCACAAGAAUAUUUGGAGUUAAAAGGGGAAAGGAUGAACUUUCCAAAAAAAAUAGAAUGACAGGGAGCGAAUUUUUUUCUCGUUUCCCAGAACUCUAUCCCUUUCUCCUCAAACAGUUGGAAGCUGUAGCCAGUACUGUGGACAGUGAUAUAGGAGAACUAAACCGUCAUCCAAGCAUGUUCCUCUUACUUUUGGUGUUGGGGAGGCUCUACCCUUCCCCGAUGGAUGGCACUUACUCUGCCCUCAGCAUGGCCCCCUUCGUUCCCUUCAUUAUGAGAUGUGGUCGCUCACCUGUCUACCGCUCCCGGGAAAUGGCAGCUCGAGCCUUGGUCCCUUUUGUUUUGAUAGACGAAAUCCCGAAUACUGUCCGAACUCUGUUGGCUGAACUUCCCAACUGCACUGACCAGCAUUUCCGGCAAAACCAUAUUCAUGGGACUCUUCUGCAGGUUUUUCAUUUGUUACAAGCCUUCUCAGACUCCAAAUACAGAAUGAAUACAUACUUGCAGCAGGAGCUGGCUGACAUUGCUGUUUGUACCAAAGCCAAACUCUGGCUGGCCAAGAGGCAAAAUCCAUGUUUGGUGACCAGAGCUGUGUAUAUUGAUGUUCUCUUCCUGUUGACUCGCUGCCUUGACAAAGCUGCAAAAGGCAGCCAGCCAGCUGCCUGUCCUUUACUGAUGAGUUGGGUUCCUCUAUGAAGGUGACUUUGGACUUUUUGAAUCAUCUUUUCUUCCAAACUCUUACAUUAUUUAGAGUUUAUACCCUAAUUAAAUGUGAUUAUAGUUGUCAGGUAUUACUCAACAGUACUUCACUUGCAUUGAUGAAUUAUUCCUCUUAAAGUCAUUACUUUGCCAAGUAAGAUAUAAAGGAGAUGGGCACUUUUAUUCCUCUUUUAAUAUGAUGGUUACAGCUCUAAGUGUUUUAUCUUGCACUGUCUAGUAUGGCAGUCCGUAGCCACAUGUCGCUCUUGAGCACUUGAGAAGUAGCUAAUCCAAGCUGAGAUGUUCUGUAAGAACAAAAUACACAAAUUUCAAAGACUUAGUAUGAAAAGAAAAAUGUAAAAUUUCUCAUUAAGUUUUACAAUGACAUGUUGAAUGAUAAUAUUUUUAUAUAUUUGAUUAAAUAAAAUGUAUUAUUGAAAUUAAUUUCACCUGUUUCUUUUUACUUUUAAAAAUGUAGCUGCCAGAAAAUAAAAAAUUGCAUAUAUGGCUCAUAUUAUGUUCCUAUUGGGGAGGUACUGAUUUUGCGCAGUCCUUGAGAAUUGCCCUCAUGAAUCAAAUGAUAUAAUAUGUGUGUAUGUAUCUAUGUCUACCUAUAUGAAGGUAUGUAUUUGUAUAAUACAUCCACACAAACAGUGGUAACAAUCUUUUCCUCUAGAUUUUCAGAACUAACCAAAUGUCAAAUAAAAUGGCAAUUAAGUUAGAUAGCACUGUUAAGGAUAAAAAUAAACUGUGAGCUUUAAAGGAAUGAAAUAUAUUCAGAUGUGUUUCAUAAAUUGUUUCCAAAGGCAGUUUGAGCAAUAGCUAAGUAUAUCACCAAACAAGGUGAUAACUUAUUUGGAUGUGUAGAUUUCAAUAUGUGUGGGUUCCAAUAUUUCCAAAUAAUCUCGUGACAUUAUAGUUUUACCUUGGAAGUAUCUUGAAAGAAUGUACCAUGUCUUAGAUUCUUUGUCCCCCAGCUAAGCACAUAGCAGGCCCUCAUUAAAUGGUUUUGUCAUUAACUGACUGAAAUACAGAGUUUUCCUCAGUUUUUAUAAUAGUAAUAGUUGUCAUCUGGAUAAAAGUAUUAUUUAAACUCAUGCAUCAAUCAGAUGUAAAUUCAUUUUCUGAGAAUUCAAAUCAGGUGUUUAUGUCAUGUGUAUAUGAUUAUAAAUACAUAUCUAUAUCUACCUCCAUUAUUAGGUCAGAAAGCUGAGUAGGAGCUGUACCACGUAGGCCUUGAAGCCAGAUCCGAGGGCUUGAAUCUUAGGUCUGCUGUUUACUACCUUUGUGGCCUUAAGCUAGUCAUUUAACCUCCUGUGAGACACUUUUUCUCUACUGUAAAUGGGGAUAAUAAUAGGAUCUACAUCUAAAAGUGGUUAUCACCUGAUAACGUGGAAAGUCCCAUGUGAAGAAUGUGUUUUACACUGCAUAGAAUAAGUGCUCAAUAAAUACUGAAUACCAUUAAUAUAUAUUUUUUAAUUUUACCCAAGUUUAGUAAUAAUCCUUGAUUAUUCAGAAUGGGCAUAAGCUUUUCAACUCUGGACAGUCCUCAGGUUUCAAAGUAGCCUUGCUACUGAUUCAACCAGAACUAUUUCACCUUCUCAGGAAAACACAGGGUCAGUCUUUUUCCAGAGGCCUUGUAUUCCAACACCAUAGUUGAGAAGCUCCAUUAAUAUUAUUAUUAAAUCAUUAUCAUUAUCAUUAGCUGGAAGCAUCUGAUCUAGUCUCCUAUAGCCUGGCAAAUUAUACUCUACCCCUCACACUCACAAUUCUCCUCAUAUUCUUAAACAUCUUUAGAAAGGAAAAAAUGCCUGUUUUCCUAGGAAAACAAUGAAGUGUAGCAUGCAUACCUGGCAUAGAAUGUCAGUAAUCCACUUUGGAAUUCACUUGACUGGAGAUGCUUCUGCCCUUCUGACAGAUCCAGAGAAGGGUACUUUUUUGUCAUUGUUUAUUUAUUUUUUCAUUCAUCAGACAUGGCAUGCUAGCAUCAGAUGUGUUGAGUACCUACAUUUAGAGAUACACAUGCAUAAUGUCCUGGCUGAUAAGUAGGUGCAGUAAGGAAUUACAGAUACUAUAAAGGAAGCAUGUAUGGGAUACAUUUGAGGCACUGAAGAGUAAAAGGCUAUGUCUGCUUGUGAGGGCAGUAAGUAUUUCUUAUAGGAGGAGAUGGUUGAGCAGAGUUUUGAGGGUGAGUAGAGAUUCACCAGAUGGGUAAUGUGGAAAGGUGCACUGUAGUCAGAACCAAAGUCACAGAGGCACAAGUCAGCACAGCCUUCAAAAGCCAGGAUGGUGUGACUGGAGUGUUGGGUUCAAGGCCAGUCAGUUGUGACUAGAAGUGAGGCUGGGAAGGCAGGGACUCAAUCAGGGAAGGCCUCAUAGGCCAAAGUCUAAGGUGCUUGGACUUGACCCUGCAGACAAGGAAAUGACUGGAGGAUAGAAGACAGAGAAUGGAGUCACAUGGGUUUUAAGAUAAGGUGACAUUUCUUUCUGUGCCCACAUCCUCAUAGGAUUAUUAAGACCCUUAUGAAGCUAAGUCCCUAUUGUCACUGAAAAAUAGAAAAUUCAUUCCUAGAGUGUCAAAGAGAUUUGUCCAGGCAUUGUGAUAAUCAGUACUGGAGGUUUAGGGGUGGGGUAGGAGUGGAGGACCAGACUGAAGUUGAAGGCUGCAUAAUGCUAAAAAUGGUUGUAUUAGACUGGUACCAUUGUAGGGGGGUUUCUCCCUCUUAUUUUCCAUUUUACACAACAUAACUCUGUUUUAUUCAUAUGUUUGUAUGUACAUGACUUUCAACAAUAAAUGUAUCAAAUUCGUUAUUUCAAAAGAAAGGGAGUAAAUAUCAAAAUUUCAGGAAAACUUUUUUGAAUGGAGAAGGAUCCACCCAUCUCCUUUCAAAUACUUUUUAUUCAGUAAGUGAAAUUGGAAGGCCCUUCCUACCUCUAAAAUGUCUCAGAACCACAUUGAAGGAUGGGGGGCAUAAACAAUGAGAACAGCAAAAGGGAAACGCAGAGAAGAUGAUUAGGAAAGCUUAAGGUAAUGAUGUGUUUUGUGUAAUUCAGACUUUUAUCUUAGUACUUCCCAAUCAUUUGAGGUUUCCUCAGCCAUUAACUAGGUUUUAAAAAUUCCAAAUCUGGGGGUUUUGUUUUGAGUUUUAAAGUGAUUUAAACCCACAAGGACUCUCUGUCCCCUGUAUUCUUUUUCUCCUUCUGAAUCCAGCUGUCAUCAUUAGUAUAUAUCAGUUUCCUGCUGGAAAGAAAAUUAUAGUCUCCAGUUGGAACUGGGAGGAUGAGGAAGAAAAAACCCAACUACCACAAGGACGCAGAGACUGGCGUACAGGCCUGGGCAGGGACGUGCAAGCAGAGAGCUUUCCUUCUCUUUUUAAACCAUCUUCACUUAUUUGCUCUUGGACUGGAAAUUUUCCAUUGAAAUAUGUAUUUACUGAAAUGCUAUCUGAGGCUUAACUAAAUAUUUACCCCCUUUAUUCUGAGAGAUGGACUUUCUAUUUCUCUCUUAUGCCCACACCCCUUAAAUUUGUGUUUUUCACAGCUAUUGAGUUGAACAUUUUCUUUUACCAAAUAUUUAAACAAAUAUCUUACCUAUUUGCACUUCAUGACUUUCAGUUUAAGAUCUCUUGGUGGGCUUUUUCCUUUUCUAGCCUCAUUUUACCAAUUUUAUGCAACCUGGUUUCUUCCUUUUAUAAUUAUAUGUGUGUAUAAUAUACUGAAGUACUAAUCUUCAAGAGGGUUAGUUAAUCCCAAAGAAAUGACAUCAUAACAAUUUCAUAGAAAUGUUCACGGUGAAGGAGGAUUUAUCUGUGCUACUCUACGUCACAUAAGGAUCUCAGAAGAAUAGUUCUCUACCUCUGAAGUGUAUAUAGGAUGCCCAACAUACUCUCAUUUUUCAGGAAACAUUUUCAAUAUCUUCCUUGUACGGGUCGUAAUAAUUAUGACCAACAUUUAUUGAGCACUUAACUCUAUACCAAGCAUUUUGUGUGUAUUAAUGAAGGAGGUACUGGUGGGUGGCCCUUCAUUUCAGACAUGAGGAAACUGAGGCACAGAGAGAUUUGCCCAUUGUCAUAUGGGUCAUAAGAUAGCAAAGCCUGAGCUCUCCAGCCACCUAUACCAUGGCCCCACAGCACAGUCAAGACCAGCUCAGGAAAACCACCAGUAUCUCAGGGAGGGCUGCCCUAGAACCCACUUUGCUGAUUCAGCUUCCCAGGCUUCUGCUCCUCCUGUAGAACCCCCAGGCCUCAGAGAAGGAUCUCCUUUAUGGCAACUUCCAGAUCACAAGCUAUGGGGAUUUUCUUGCCUGCAUUUCUGUCUUCCAUCCAGAGGGGGUGUGGCAGAACAAGAGAGCAUACCCGGGACUGGAGCAGUUGCUAGAAAGAGAAGUCUUGACCGUUCCUCAGCAGCCACCUGCCAUUUUUCCCUUUGAAAGUGGACCUAUAGCCCCUGUACCAAACAUUUCCCAGGGCCAGGCUGCUGGUGGCUGCGCUUUGUGGUUUCUUUGUUCGUUGGGAUUUAUAGUUGAGAGCUCAUCAUUCUGCCAAGUGCAAUAAACAUUUUGUUUUACUGGAAUGCAACUUUUAUUAUUGUUAUUAUUUUUCUUCUAAAUGCCUUCAAAGUGAACAGCUUGUGAGUGUGAAGUCAGAAUUCCUAAUAGUCUAAACGCCAAGUCACUGUGCUUUGAAGACCAAUGUAAGAUUAGAAGGCAGGCUCUCAUUUAUUACUGCUGGUAUUUAUUUGAUGGAAGUUAGGUAAUGUAAGCUCUCCCAAAGGCCAGCUUAGAUGUUGAUGAUGGUUAAAUGGUAAAAUCUGUGAGAAGUAUUCAACAAUGCCUUAUGUUUGUACUGCCUAGAACAUUAAUAGUAUAUGUAUGACAUGAAUACAUAUAAGGUCAAUGAUUUUUAUGACAUAGUAACUUCCUUUACCUAAGUUGUGGGAAAUACAGCCAAACAAUUACAUAGAAUAAAAACACUGGUAACUUACAAACACCUGCUUUGAUUAUUGGGUCUAAUUAGGUUAAAUUUAACCAAUUCCACCUGAACAAAUUGAAAACAAUUCUUAUCUGUUCCUCGGUCAUGCACUUUGAUCAGUGUUGGAUGCAGAUGUGUUGAAUGUGACACACUUGGUGCUAUUCUCUUAGCCUGGGAGAUAAAAGGGAAGUGAGAAGGUAUCUUUAGAGUCUUCUGGGGACUUUGCAUUUCUGAGCCCACAGCUAUGAAAUUUGAAGGAAAAAAAUCACAGGCUUUGUUGUCAAUAAAUUUGUUGAUUUUGUCCAAAACACUGAGACUGUCUCCUGAACUGAUGUUUUGGCCAAGGCAUCUUUGCCAAGGAACAGCUCCUGAAAUAAGCAGAUGCCUCCUAGCUGCCUUUUGAAAGUCAGAAUACAGGAUGUGUCCUUAGACUGCUGUGUUCGUAUGGCAGUUCCCCUCAUGAAUUCCAAGCCUGGUGCCAAGUACAUAGCCCCACAAUUCUUAGAAUUUUAGAAUUUAGAUACUGUUUAAUCAGUAGGUGGAGUGGAAACUAUCAAUUCAGUGACUUGCUCAAGGUCACAUAGCUGGUUAGGGAAAUAGUCAAGCUUUACUGGUUCUUGAUCCACUGCCCAUUUCCAUGACCAAAAUUAAGUAAGGGCCUCAUAACAGUGUGAGAGUUGGGCUCUCAGCCCCAGGAGGAAGAUACUGUCCAAAUGAGCAGUGUUUGAACAUCUGUGAUUUCAGUUUUGCUAUGGGUUCCCAUCCUGCCCCACUCCAGCUCCCCUCAUCACAGAUAAUCUGAAACUAGUUGCCCAUGUCAAUUAAAUUAGCUAUAAGCAAGUUGGUUUUGAAAGCUUAUUCUAGACACUUCAUAUAAAUGGAAUUAUACAAUAUAUGCCCUUUUGUGUCUGGACUCUUUCACUCAACAUAAUGUUUUUAAGGUUCAUCCAUGUUAUAGCAUGAAUCAGCACUCCAUGCUUUUUGUAGCUGAAUAAUAUUCCAUUGUAUAGAAACCACAUUUGUUUAUCAGUUCAUCAGUUGAUAGCCAUUUGAGCUGUUGCCACUUUCUUGGCUAUUAAGAAUAAUGCUGCUAUGAAGAUUCAUGGACAAAUUUUUGUGGGGACAUAUGUUUUCAGUUCUCUUGGGUUUUUACCUAGUACAGUUGCUAGGCUGUAUGCCAGCUCUAAAUUUAACUUUUUGAGGAAUUGCCAAACUGUUUCCAAGGAGACUGCACCAUUUUAUAUUCCCACUAGCAAUGUAGGAGGUUUCCAGCUUCUCCACAGUCUCAGCAACACUUAUUAUUGUCCUUUUUCUUCUUUUAUUCACACCUUGUGGAUGUGAAGUGGUAAUUGUUUGUGCUCUUGAAUUGCAUUUUCCUAAUGGCUAAUCAUGUUGAGUAUCUUUUCCAGUGAUAAUUGGCCAUUUGUAUAUCUUCUUUAGAGAAAUGUCUGUUCAGAUACUUUGCCCAUUUUUAAAUUGGGUUAUUUGUCUUUUUAGUCUUGAGUUGUAAGAGUUCUUUAUAUUUUCUAGAUAUUAAUCUCUUAUCAGAUAUAUGAUUUGCAAUUAUUUUCUCCCAUUCUUUAGGUACUCUCCUCACUUUCUUGGUAAUGCCCUUUGAUGUACAAAAGUUUUGAUGAAGUCCAAUUUAUCUAUUUUUUUCUUUGGUUGCUUGUGCUUUUGAUGUCAUAUCUAAGAAACCAUUGCCUAAUCCAAGGUCACAAAGAUUUAUACCCAUGUUUUCUUCUUAAGAUUUAGGUUUCUGAUCCAUUUUGAGUUCAUUUUUGUAUUUGGUGUGAAGUACAGGACUAACAUCAUCCUUUUGCAUGUGGCUAUCCAUUUGUUCAGCAGUACGUGUUGAAGACUUAUUCUUUCCACAUUGAACUUGGCAUCCUGAUCAAAAAAACCAAUUGACCAUAAAUAUAUGGAUUUAUUUCUGGACUGACAGUUGUACUCCAAUGAUCUAUUUGUCUGUCUUCAGGCCAGGACUACACUGUCCUGAUUGUCAUCA